AAGAAGGCGCGCGUCAUUUACGCGUCUGUGACCUCAUCGUAUGCGCUGCUAUAUUUUGAAAAGCUGGACAGCGGCUGUCAAAGCUCUGCACUUUAUUGUACACGCAAAUUCAUUUUUAUGCGACUUGUUAUUAUGGAUCAAAUGUAAGCGAACAUUAAAGCAUGCCAAAGUCUCUGAAAAAGUCCUGCACCACUCAGACCUCCAUCAGCAGGUACUUCGGAGGAUUGAGCAGCAGCAGCAGCAGCUUUGCCUCCAACAAGCAGCGCGGGAUUAACCCAAAUCCUGCAGAGCAGCAACUUUCAAGAGGCAACCAGAAGCUUUCAUCUGAUGAUGACUUGGAAUUGCCAAGAAAACGAGUUAAGCCUUCUCCAAAGGACCACCAGGCGGAGGAUGUGGAGUGUGAGCCUGCGUCCUGUCAGGGCAUUAAAGACACAAAGCUGACGCUGAGCCGAAAAGCAGGCAGCCUGUGCUCCUCCACGUUGGAGAAGCUGAAAGGCUUCACCUGCGGGGCUGAGCCCAGUGUCGUCAGCAGCAUCACCCGGGAAGAAACAGAGACGGCUGAUGCAGGUCAGGAAAGCAGUGAUUGGUCUCCUCGUUGUGCUACAGGUCAACCUGAAACUACACACAGACUGCAGCAUGCAGAAAGGGAGCAUGAAGGUGAAGAGGAGGAUGAUAAAGAAAAGGCAGAUCUGGGGUUGGCUGCUGCAAAACAGGGAGUUCACUUCUCUCAGUUUGCCAAGACAGGAGGAGGAAAGUGUGCAGAGCUGGGUCCUCCAUUGGACUGUAGCACCUCCUCCAGGCGUUCAAAGAGCAUUUUCACCCCCCUUGAGCAGCAGGUGAUCCAGCUGAAACAGCAGCAUAAGGAUGCUUUGUUGGCUGUGGAGUGUGGUUACAAGUACAGGUUCUUUGGAGAGGAUGCAGAGAUUGCUGCAAAGGAGCUGAACAUCGUCUGUCAUCUGGAUCAUAACUUCAUGACGUGCAGCAUCCCCACACACCGCCUGUUUGUUCAUGUCAGACGGCUGGUGUCUCACGGACACAAGGUCGGAGUGGUUAAACAGACAGAAACAUCUGCGAUCAAAGCGUCAGGGGCCAACAGAAAUACUCUGUUCACUCGUCAGCUCAGCGCCCUGUACACCAAGUCCACUUUGGUGGGAGAGGAUGUAAAUCCGGUCUGCAGACUCGGGGAUGUGGAGGAGGGGGGCUGUGAUGAUGUUGUGUCGGACCCUCCCGACAGUUUCCUGCUUUGUAUUAGUGAGAAUUGGGACAAACUGAAGAAGCAGCUCACUGUAGGACUUGUGGCAGUUCAGCCCAGCACCGGCGACGUGCUUCUGGACUGUUUUCCUGACGGUCCCUCUCGCUCUGAGCUGGAAUGCCGUGUCCUUAAAAUCAACCCUGUUGAAAUCCUGGUGCCCUCCGACCUCUCAGAGCAAACCGAGAGACUCCUGCACAGCAUUACGAAUGCAAGCGCUCAGGCUGACGACAGAGUCAGAGUGGAGAGGAGGGACAGCGCUGAGUUUGAGUUUGCCUCGGCAAUGAACACAGUCACCUCGUUCUACUGUCACAUCCAGGCGAAAGGCUCUUGCUCUCUGUCGAGCGUCGCGUCCCUGGAGAGCCCAGUGAUCAGCUGUCUGGGGCCGCUCAUCCAGUACCUUCAAGAAUUCAACUUGGAGCGAGUUCUUAGAAGUGAAAGCUCCUUCCGGCGUCUGACCUGCGAGUCGGAGAUUAUGACUCUGAGCGCUGGCACUCUCCGAAAUCUAGAAAUACUCAACAAUCAGACAGAUGGUAGUGUGAAAGGAAGUCUGUUGUGGGUGUUGGACCACACUCGCACUCCGUUUGGAAGGAGACUAAUGAGGAAGUGGGUGAGCCAGCCCCUUACAGACCUGCAGUCUAUAUCCGAGAGGCAGGAUGCGGUGCAGGAAAUCCUGGAGUCGGACUCGCUGACUCUAAAUUCCAUUCGAUCCCUGCUGUCACGUCUGCCAGACUUGGAGCGAGGCAUCUGCAGCAUAUAUCACAAAAAGUCUUCUACUCAGGAAUUUUACCUCAUUACUAGCAAUCUUUCUCGCCUGGGGCUGGAACUGCAGACUUUGCUACCAGCCAUGCGUUCCCAGAUCAGCUCAGGGCUACUUCGAAGCCUUCUGUUGGACACUCCAGACCAGCUGAUUCCAGCCCAAAGCUUCCUAAAGGUGCUCAAUGAAAAGGCAGCCAAGUCAGGGAACAAGACGGAGCUAUUCUCAGAUCUGUCUGGAUUCCCAGUGCUGCAGGAAAGAAUGGAGCAAAUCCAAACUGUCCUCCGUGAGAUUCAAGACCACCGCAAAGACAUCCGUCUGAUACUAAAGGCCCCCGCGCUCGAAUAUACGACCGUUUCUGGACAGGAGUUUCUGAUUGAGGUGAAGAACUCAGUUUCAUCCAUUGUUCCACCUGAAUGGGUCAAAAUCAGCAGCACCAAGGCAGUCAGCAGGUAUCACUCUCCUUUCCUGGUGGACCGCUACAAGAAGCUGCAGCAGCUCCGAGAGCAGCUGAUGCUGGAUUGCCAGAGGGAGUGGACCAAUUUUCUGGAUCAGUUUGGGGAGCACUACCACACCAUGAAAAGGGCUAUUAGUCACCUAGCAACCAUGGACUGUCUCUUUUCAUUGGCUGAGGUGGCUAAACAAGGGGACUAUUGCAGGCCAGAGGUGUGUGACAAUAAGCACCAGAUUACGAUCAGGGAUGGCAGGCAUCCUGCUAUUGAUUUACUGAUGGGAGAGCACAACCAGUAUGUGCCCAACCACACCGAACUACAGGGUGAUGGCAGGAGAACAAUGAUAAUCACUGGGCCUAAUAUGGGGGGUAAGAGCUCCUACAUUCGCCAGGUAGCUCUUAUCUGUGUAAUGGCUCAGAUGGGCUCAUACGUCCCAGCCUCAGCGGCCUGUGUGGGCAUCCUGGAUGGCAUUUACACCAGGAUGGGAGCUUCAGACAACAUCUACAAAGGCCGCAGUACAUUCAUGGAAGAGCUGACAGAGGCCUCAGACAUAAUUUCCCGUGCGACCAAGCAGUCAUUGGUCAUCCUUGAUGAAUUGGGACGGGGCACAAGCACCCAUGAUGGAAUUGCCAUCGCCUAUGCCACCCUGGAAUAUUUCAUCAAAGAUGUGAAAGCCCUAACCCUGUUUGUAACCCAUUAUCCUCCUCUGUGUGAGCUGGAGCGGGUGUAUCCUGAACAUGUGUCUAACUACCACAUGGCUUUCUUGCUCAAUGAACCUGAUAUCUCUGCUGACACUGAUGAUGGAGAAGUUCAGCCAGAGUUCAUUACCUUCUUAUACCAGUUAACUGAAGGAGCUGCAGGGCGGAGCUAUGGACUGAACGUUGCCCGACUGGCUGACAUCCCAGAUCCUAUACUGCUCACUGCUGCUCACAAAGCCAGAGAGCUGGAGAAAGUGGUCGACGCUAGAAGCUGAAAACCUACUUUAGAAAUUAGCAUGGAGAGUCAGAAUGGACGCAUCCCAACUUUAAAACAAUGCAGUAACCUGAAUUUGUUCAGCUAUCAGUGGGGUGGUGAAAUCCCAGAGGUACAAUUCAUGUAACAGAUAUGUGUGUGAAGGUUUACAAGAGACCAAAAACUGUGUUGACUUUUCUAAUACUAACAUGAACUGUGGAAAUAAGCCUUUUGUUCCCAGAUGAUGUACACUUGUGGCACUAUUUAUGCCUGCUUUGAUUUUUUUCAAAUGAUUGGCACCCCUGUAGUGUUGCUAAAUAACCUGGCUUUUUCCCCAUGCAGGGGUAAAGUGAGACUGCCAAGUUGAAUUAUGGGAAUUUUAGAAACCAGUGUUUUUGGAGUGUCAGCUAUGUUAAGAACUAAAAGGCAGAAAGCCUGAGCUUCUGCUGCUAUUUUUUUAAGUAAUUUUUUUUUAUGUCCUCUAACUUUGUGUGAGUGUGAUACUAUUUUGUUUGAGUAUCCUGUAAGUCUUCCAAUACAUUACAAAAUGCAGUCCUGUGUUUUGGAGAGUUUUAUGAAAAAAUAGACCCUGGAAGCUGAAAACUAGGGUUGAAAUGUGUGCCAUGAAAUUAAAAAACUCAAGGGAGCUCUACAGACAUGAAACUGAAUGUUUACUUCAGCUUCAACACUCAAAUGAGCUAGAUUUUAUACUUGGGCUGCCACAUCUCAAUCAGAAAAUGUACCAAUAUUCUUGGAAAAUCAGUGCAGACUUUGUCCCCUUCAUCAAGACAGGGAAACCUACAAGCAAAUCCAUGGCAGAAUAUAUACAGCCAGUGCAUAAAUUUGAAGAAACUGGGGGGGGAAAAGCCUUAGUCACAGUUUGUCAUAUGUCCAGUCCUAUUUUCCACUGGAUAAUUUUAUUGGACACUUUCAGAAAGGAAGUGAAAAUACUGUGUUCCUUAAUGCUUAUGCAGAGAACUUUCUUUUAGGAUCAAGAUCAGAAAGAUUUAGCCUACAAUCAAGUUAAAAAGUAGAAAUAUGAUCAAUUCCAAGUUUUUUCUUUUUGUUUUUUGCAAGCAAAUUAUCAGCAUAUUGCACAUUUUUCCAAAAGCAGUCUUCUGUCUCUGUAAAUUUGUAAAACGCCACUAUCCUCGCUGUGUAACAGACAGCCUGCUGGGAGCUGAGUGUUGCUUAGCUUCCUCCAAAGUAAUUCUCACAUUAUGAAAUAUCACUCACACAACGCCUGUCAGAGUAAUCCUCCCUAUAUGAAAUGUUUGUCCUCUGUUUGAGCGAAGCCAAACAAUGCACAAUAAUCACGCACAGAGGAGUUUGAGGUGCAGCUUGCAGGUUAGGAAUAUGGAUUUUAUUGUACACAGCUAUGUGUGAGGGAACAGUGUGUUUAGACUGUAAGCAUAUUGGGCAGUGUGAAGACAGGCAAUGUUGUACAUGCAAUA